UCGAGGAGGCUAAAAACCCUAGCCCGAUUGCACAAGCGAUUUAAAGGCGCGCAAGGAUUUAGCGUUUGAACUUGUGUUUCCAGCCGCGCGGCAAUCUCCCAAUUGCCUACCACUUCCGUCGACCGCCAUAUAUGGUAUCUCUCUGUGCUUAGUAUCAAUUUAUUUUCAUGCGCGACUACGAACAUCUCAUUCCACGUUCGUGUGAAAUGAACAGGCAUCGGAGAAGAAAUUGAGCAACCCAAUGAGGGAAAUCAAGGUCCAGAAGCUCGUCCUGAACAUCUCCGUCGGAGAGAGCGGUGACCGUCUCACCAGAGCUGCGAAGGUGCUGGAGCAACUCAGCGGCCAGACCCCAGUUUUCUCAAAGGCUAGGUAUACUGUGAGGUCCUUUGGUAUAAGACGUAAUGAAAAGAUUGCGUGCCAUGUCACAGUCAGGGGUGACAAGGCAAUGCAACUCCUCGAGAGUGGGUUGAAGGUGAAGGAAUAUGAGCUGCUACGGAAGAACUUCAGCAAUACAGGGUGCUUUGGAUUUGGCAUUCAGGAGCACAUUGAUCUUGGAAUCAAGUAUGACCCUUCAACUGGUAUUUAUGGUAUGGAUUUCUUUGUUGUUUUGGAACGGCCCGGCUUCCGUGUAGCACGUCGACGUAGGUGCAAGGCCCGUGUGGGAAUCCAACAUCGGGUCACUAAAGAUGAUGCAAUGAAGUGGUUCCAGGUCAAAUAUGAAGGUGUUAUACUCAACAAGUCCUCCAAUGUUCAAUCUUAGUUGUUUGAUUUGGCCUUUUGAUUUAAAUAUUUGUUUGAACUUGUAAUGCCUCGACUUAAAUAGUUUUGAUUAAGGAUAUGUUGCUUCUCUUAUUGUUUAUUUUCACCUCUAAUGGUUUUAUAUUGAUAACUUUUUAAAGUUUACUUUUUUCGUUGAA